AAAAAUGCCCAUGGCUUUUCCAUGAAUGUUUUAAGAUUUUAUUCAUUUGCCAGGCCUGGGAUCACAAUUUAUAAUUCUCGGGUAUUCCAGGUUUUCCAUAGUUGUGGGAACUGUUUGCUACACUUCAAAUUACAAAUGUGAGUGUAAUUAGAUAAUAUCUAUAUUAAAUAUAAAAAAAUGGUGAAUUGAACAAAUUUAUAAUAUACAUUUUAAUCCACCUUUCUCUGCAGCAAAUUAUCAUGACACAAUUCUGAAAGCAAUUUUUUAGCUUGUACCCUUGGUCGAUAAAGGGUGUGUAGUAGAGUGUAAUAAAGCUCACCUUUGCAUAAAUGUAUAAUUUUUUUUUUUUUUUUUGUUAUUUAUAAAAGCUGAUAUCAGUUACAGCUUCUCCUGUGAGAGCGCUUUCUUAUUUUUGCAGUGAUUUUUUUUUUUUUUUUUAAUUUUAUAACUUUCAUGUGUUUGAAUGACUUUUGAUAAUAUUAAUUAAAACCUUUUUUUAUUAUUUUUGUCGUUGCUGUUGUUGCUUUAUGUUCUGUAACAAAAAUAGUAUUGCUUAUGAUGUGGGAAACGUUUACUAUAAUUUCCAGCAUGUGAUUUGCAGAAGUCUUAUCGUUUCCCAUAACAAGGUCAUAAAUGAAUAGGAGUUUUAUGCAAAAACUGAAUAUUUCAAUAUGUCAGGCACAUUGAAAUCCUACACCCUGUGAUAAAUUAUUAUCUUUGUCAGAAAAUUAUUCAUCGUUAAGUUGUUAUUUUUUUUUUAUUUGUAGUUUUUACAUUUUAAGCAACAGCUGAUCAAAUCAGUUUAUUCCAAUUGAGUAUUACUGUUAAUAAUCCUGCAAUUUCACUCCUAGUCCUAGAUGUCGCUGUUCCCCUUUCUUUCAUUUUUGAUGGUCCCUAAUAAGACUUGCCCUUUAGGUUUUCAUUCAAGAUAACCUAAAAUCACUCACUUUCAUAUAUUUAUGUUUAAAUUAACAGUCAAAUUUAUAUAUUCUAGUUAUAAUCGUUUAGUAUUACAUACUGUAGGUAGUAGAGGCUACACAUAAAAGUUCAAAGUUCCCAGACUUGCACAAUUGCAUUCGUUUGCCAUUUUAGAAGUUGAAAUACUAAUAACAGAUUUCCAAAUGAUGCCACUGCCAUAGCAAACUAUUACUUGGAAAAAAUGCACUCAAUUGUCGCCAAUAGACCGAGCAACGCUGAAAUAAAGCGGACAGGUGUUUGCCCGCCUGGACUUUUCCUUUGACUAAUCACGAAAGGUCUCAUAUAUCAAGUGUCUCUCAUUUCACGGUGAGCUUGCAUUCAUGCCCCAGGUCAACGAUGUUUUAUAUACGACCGCUAGAGGUUGAUGCAAACCCUCCAGAGUGUGGGACGGACUACUGCUUUCAACACUUUUUCAGGGAUGUAGUCUUCUGUCGGUGCAUGCACAACUUGAGCUAGUUCAUGCACUGCCUCCUGAGGCUGCGCGCUUCUGUUUCUGGUGCUGGUUUCAGUAAACGCACAGGUGAAGAGUGUUUUGUAAGUUGAUUUUCUCGCUUUUUUUUUUUUUACAUUAGUUGUUUAAUGUGAAACAAUUCACUUCAGAAUUCAAUUCAUCUUCAGUACAGUAGUGAAGAUGUUGCCUAGGAAUGGCACAGCGCAAGCGACAGCUGACCUGAGGCAUCACCCUGAAGCCUAAGAAGAAAUUCAUUCUAGCUUUGAGAGGAAAUACGGAAUAAAGACUUGAUUAAUAAAGAACUUGAACAAAGUUAGCUAUUAAUGGUGCACCAUGGAGAGCACCAUAAUCAACCCAGCACUCGCUUGGUAAAAGCAUCAUCCUGAGAGAUAAAGAUGAGAGCGCCAACAUUUGGACUUCUGUGGAGCUGUCUCGGUUUUCUUCACGGCGUUCAGUGCGGUUUAGGAGACAACCAUGUGCAUUCGAGCUUUAUUUACAGGCGGUUGCGUAACCACGAGCGGCGAGAGAUCCAGAGAGAAAUCCUCUCCAUCCUGGGCUUGCCUCACCGUCCCAGGCCCUUCUCCCCGGGUAAACAAACGUCGUCAGCACCGCUGUUCAUGCUGGACCUGUACAACGCGAUGACGACCGACGAGGAGGACGCGAUACUCGGGAAAACGCUCUCAGGGAAAGCGCGUAAAAACGCCUCUGGAGUUCCACAUGGAUACUCGAGCGCGCCGCAGCAGCCGUACCGCGCGGCGCCGUUGACCAGUCAGAGCCCGCCUUUGGCCACCGCGCACGACACCAACUUUCUCAAUGACGCGGAUAUGGUGAUGAGUUUUGUCAAUCUAGUCGAGAGGGAUAAGGAUUUCUCCCAUCACAGAAGACACUACAGGGAGUUUCGUUUCGACCUGACUCAGAUUCCGGAAGGUGAGGCAGUGACCGCCGCCGAGUUCAGGAUUUAUAAGGAUCAAAGUCACGUCAGAUAUGAGAACAUCACGCUCAAGGUCACCAUAUACCAAGUCAUCAAAGAAUACCCAAACAGGGAUGCUGAAACAUUUCUCUUGGACUCGAAAAAGAUCCGUGCUACUGAUGGGGGGUGGCUGGUGUUUGACAUCACGGCCACUAGUAAUCACUGGGUCCUGAAUCCGCAGCAGAACAUGGGCCUUCAGCUCUGCGUGGAGAUCACUGACGGUAGAAGCAUCAACAUGAAAUCUGCUGGCAUCAUCGGAAGGAACGGACCUCAGUCCAAACAGCCAUUCCUGGUUGCCUUUUUCAAAGCCAGUGAGGUUCUGCUCCGUUCUGUAAGAGCCACAGGAAGCAAGAGGAAGAGCCACAACAGAAACAAAGGCAGAACACAACCGAAAUCUUCACCAGCUCUCAAAAGUGGAGAUCAGAACACCAGUGAACAGAGACAAGCCUGCAAGAAGCAUGAACUUUACGUGAGCUUCCGCGACUUAGGAUGGCAGGAUUGGAUUAUCGCUCCAGAGGGCUAUGCAGCCUUCUAUUGUGAUGGAGAAUGUUCUUUUCCACUGAAUGCGCAUAUGAAUGCGACAAACCAUGCGAUUGUGCAGACCUUGGUCCAUCUAAUGUUUCCUGAUAAUGUGCCAAAGCCUUGCUGUGCACCAACCAAACUGAAUGCCAUAUCAGUGCUGUAUUUUGAUGACAGCUCAAAUGUAAUUCUGAAAAAGUACAGGAAUAUGGUGGUGAGGUCCUGUGGAUGUCAUUGAGGACAGGAGAGCUUCUGUGCUUCUAUAUUGCUGGAAUAACAUAUCAAAAGAAAUAGUUUUUGACAUUUGAUGUACAGUAUUAUGUAUAUAUUAGCUCAUAAUUCCUCUUAUUUAUUUGGCUUUGUUUUGUAAUAACAUUUUUUUUUAAUAUGAGAGAUGUAGAUGAGUUACCACUCUUUAUCACAGAUCCAUAGCUGAUUGCUCUUUCUUUAAGAAUAUUUUAAAACGUUAGGCCAGUUAGAGAGAGUUUUACAGGAUCAUGUAUAGUUUCCUUUCCUGAGAAUACAUGUCAAAUUCAUAAGCAACCACUCCAAAACAGAACUGCUGCUAUUUUACAGAAGAAAUGUACUUGCCUUAGACCCUGAGUCACCUAUUAUUAUUAUUAUUAUUAUUUUAUUUUAUUUUUUUUUUAUGUGGAAAAAACAACAACAAAAAACAGUCAUAUUGGAAUUUGCAAACAAACAAACAUUUUUUUUUCUUUGUUGCUAAACUUAUUGUAGUGUUGUUGUAAAAGCACUGAGUAUGUCCUAGGACUAAACAUAUCUCCUCAAAUAGCCCAAAGUUUUGCAGCCCACAAUUACUGUUUCAUAUUAGUUUGCUUUAGAUAUCAGUGGGUGGAUAUGCAAAAUUAUUAUUAUUUUUUUGAGAAAUAUUCUUCUUCUUUAUAUACACUUGUAUUAGUACUCUGAGUAAUAUAUUUUUUUUUUGGAAAAUACUGCAUUUAUUAUUUUAGAACAGUGUUUGUAUGUCAUUAAAUCUAUUUUCAAAUAUA